AUGAAUAGACAAGAAAAUGUUUCUGUAGAAUCAAAUAUUCUUCUUGGAACAUUAGAUGUACGAUCGACAUUAAUAACAGAUGCUCAAUAUCAUAAUUUUCACAAUCAUAACAGAAAAUUAGAAGUUAUUAUACCAUUAAAUAUGGUGCUAACUGGUAAUCUGCCAUCUUUUCCACCAUUUCAAAAUGUUCAGCAUCUCAUUGUCAUAUUUCAAAUGUCAACAUCAACAUUAUGGGAAAAUAUAUGGAAGCUAGUUUCAAUACAUGAUGAUGUGAAUGAUAAAUGA